UUUCCAACAACAUAACAUCACUCUAUCUGUGAUCCUUUUAAUUACUCCCUCAAAUUAUCUCUUUCAUUUCUACUUUAUUUUCUUUUGUUUUUUCUCCUAUAAAUACACCCUCACACCCCCAUCAUCCACACUCACAUUCAUAACCCACCACCUAACAUUCAACCACAACAUAACAACAUCAACAACAACCAAAACAAAAAAAUAAUACCUUUUUUCCUCUGUUAUCUCUCAAAACCAAAAAACAGAACAUACUUAAAAAUGAGGAUGACAACUACCUUACACGCCACCCUAACCCCGGAGAAGACCUCAUCAUUUUCCAUUGCCCCGGGAGCGACAACGGUGACUCCAAGAUCACCUUGGCACUCGCCGGUUCCUUACCUAUUCGGAGGACUAGCGGCGAUGCUCGGCCUCAUAGCCUUUGCUCUCUUUAUAUUGGCUUGCUCUUAUUGGAGAUUGUCUAGAGAUAAUGAUCCUCAACAACAAAGCAAUGAAGGAGGAGAUUUGGAGAGUGGUGAGAAAGGUGAAGGUGUUAGUAAGAUAAAUGGUGCUCCUGUUUUUGAAGAAAAGAUUGUUGUUAUUAUGGCUGGCAAUGAUAAGCCUACUUUCUUGGCUACCCCUGCUUUAAUGCUCAUGUCUAAGAGUAAUUCUAAUGAUGAUCAUCAUCUUAAUAAGGUUGGUAAUAAUAAUGUUAUUGCUAAUGAUGAGAGUACUAGUGUUGGAAAUGAUGAUGAUGAUGAUGAGAAGCCUAAAGAAGAUGAAACCUCUCACCCACAUGAUUAAUAAUAAGUUCAUUACACACAAAAAAAAAAAAACGUACCUUUUUUUUGUGACACGGGUGAGGGUUCUCUCUAGUUACUAGAUCAUCGAGUUAUUAGAUUUCGAGAGUGGAAAAGGAGAAGGAGAAUAUGUGUACCAAAUUAUUAAUCCUCCUCCAAAUCGCCGAUUACUGAAGUAUCUGGUAACUUGAGUCGAAUCCAACCCAUCAAUUUUGAAGUUAGUUAGAUAAUGACCCAUAUGGAUAUAUUUUUGUCCUUUACAAUCUUGGUUUCCUUUUAUUUUUUUGGUUGCCUUCUACUUCGUAAAUGGUAGAGUUUUGGUUUAAUCUUGCGAGAGAUGUAUACAAGAGGAGAGACUAUCAUCAACUCCAUUAUGUAAUAUUUCAUGUCUCAGUUGAUAUGGAAUUAUAUCUUCAUUAAUUACUUAAAAUGACUUGUUCUGUUCUUGAUUUUCUAACU